GGCAUGAAGUGGGGCUCCAACGGCAACACACUCAACUAUAUAGUCUUCAAUCGCUAAUCGAACAACCAAACCGCUUACCACCCGAUCAAGACCAGCACAUUCACCUCUCUUCCCAUACACAACCAAACACCUGCAUGCACGAUGUCUAAACUCACAGACUUCAAACUCCUCUCCUUCGACGUCUACGGUACCCUCAUCGACUGGGAACGCGGCGCCCUUACUGCCUUUGAGCCCUCCCUCCGCAAAUCCGGCAAAACAUCCGACGACCCAGACUUCGACGGGAAGCGUAUUCUGCAAGUACUGCAUGAGAUAGAACCGAUUGUGGAGAGGGAAAAUCCACGCUUGAAGUACUCUGAGGUUCUAAGCAUCGUUCACCCUAAACUCUGCAAAGAACUCGGCCUAGAAGAGCCCACGAAAGAGGAGAGCAAGAAAUUUGGCAACUCAGUCGGCGAUUGGCCUGGAUUUUCCGAUAGUGUGGAGGCGUUGAAGCGAUUAAGUACGAUGUACAAACUUGUUGUCCUCUCAAACGUCGACAACGAGUCCUUCAAAGCGGGCAACGCGCAUGGUCUGGAAGGAUUCAAGUUCGACGCUGUCUACACCGCUGAGGAUAUUGGGAGCUAUAAGCCGGACUUGAGGAACUUUGAGUAUAUGCUGAAGCAGGUCAAGGAAGACUUUGGGAUAGAAAAGCAUGAGGUGUUGCAGACUGCCCAGUCGCAAUUCCACGACCAUCAUCCAGCAAAGGAUAUUGGCAUUAAAAGUAGUUGGAUAUAUCGUCCUGGCGCUGUCAUGGGAAACCGCAAGGACCCGGUAUUCAACUGGAAAUUUGACACUCUUAGUGACAUGGCGGACGCUGUUGAGAAGGAGUUGGCUGAUCAGAAGAAGUAAAUGAGUAUUUCAAAUGGUACAAACUUAGACAAGUUCGCAUAUUUAGUUAAAACUUCGAUUUAUGAUGAAAAUUAAGUUUAGGUCGACGAGUUCCGACUUGACGCGCGAGGACCGGGCCGCCCCUUCGGGGCUGAACAACGCUAGCGCUGUACCUUCAAUCUCACCGACAUCGAACCAUCCACUCUUUCCCCCGUCGUCCUUUUCAAGUACCGAUAGCUUUCUUCGUCAUCAUGCAGUCAAUUGCGACUCUAAAGGCCCGAUCAGGCUGUCGAAGGCAGCCACUCGCCAAACACUCUUCGUCCUUCGUCGCCCACCCCCUCCUUUGCCUUGUCUCAUUUGCCCUGUCUCCUACAAAUAGCGCCUAAGAAUCGACAACUCUUAUACAUGAUUGGGUAUUUGGAUGGUCAGAUAGCCUGCCCGCUAUGGGUUCGCUCGACG